AUGGGCGGGAGGAGGUAGUAUCUCCUUUCUUGCGCUUUAAUCUCACUCACACUCGUGGAGAGGGCAGGUACAGUCAAGUGUCCUGCACUCCAUGGCUUUGAUUAGCACAAAGAUGGAAGCAAUCAAUCAUGAGUGGUACUACUUAAGCUUGGGCAAUGAUGUUUUCUUCCCCUUUGGCUAUAGUAGUGGCAUGACAGUGACCCUGGGACAGAGUGUCAUGCCCACAAAUUAUUGAUAAUUUGUUUCUUUCUUUGCCCCAGUUUGUGUACCCUCUCAUGUAGGUUAAUCACUAGUACUCACUACUACUAGUAUUAGUACUCAAACACAUACUGUAUUAAUUAGUUCUAAUUAAUUGGUUAAUUAAUUGGAGUGGGAUGAAUGGAUUAUGGAUACAUGGAUGGUGUAUAUGUGCAUGGAGUGAGGGAGGGAUGCCCAUCUUUUUCAGCCACUCAAGAGGGAGGGAGGAACCCUAAUCCUACCAGCUCUCAACUCCAUUCCCCCUUUUGUGUAGGAGCAGCAAUCAUCGGUAGCAUUCCCCAACCAUUCCUACAACACCACCACCUCCACCUAUCAAUCACCCAAUUCAUUCACCACCACCCCCACCUAAAAAUUCCCAAGGCACCUACUCCUCCUCCUCACCCCAAAAAGCUGCUGCCUUUCGUUCCUUGGAAUAUUUGCCUCUGCAUUUUCUUCUUGUUCUUGUUGUUGUUUCUCCUCUUCCGUCCAGCCAGGAACAUCUGUGCGGAAUUGGAGCUCGGUUUGGUGCCUGCUUUGGGCAGGCUAGAUUAGAUAGAAUGUUGGGUGCUUGAGUUCGUGAGUUCUUGCUUGCCGGUGGUGGGUUUCUUGGAUUUGGGUUGAUUCUGGGAUCCACCGGGUAGAGAUACCUACCUCUGUUCGAGGCCUUUGUGCUGCCAUAUUUGGUCCCCCCACGUCGUCUUCCAGCUCGGUUCGGGUGCCUUGUUGGGCUAAUCGAUGGAUUCCGGUGCGGGCGGCGAUGCCAUGGCGCCGUCGGGCUCAGGGCACCAUUAGUUCUUCAGCCAUGGUCUGUCCUGAGGAUUUGAUCGAAAUGGUGAUGGCAACUCUGUAAGCGGAUUUCUCGCUGCUCGUAGAUUUGAGAAAAAAAAAUUUGGUUGGAAGAGAAAUUUUUUUUGGGGAAGAGGAAGAGGAAGAGGAAGAGGAUGUCGUUCAGGAGCCUGAUACAGGAGAUGCGGGACGAGUUCGGGAGCAUCUCGCGGCACAACCUGCGGUCGCGGUCGCACCGCGCCGGCGGCGGCCACGCGCCGCGGGUGGCGGCGGUGGGGCCGGUGGAGGCUGCGGCGGCGCAGCAGCAGCAGCAGCAGAGCUGCUGGGCGCAGCUGCCGCCCGAGCUGCUGCGGGAGGUGCUGGUGAGGAUCGAGGAGUCGGAGGGGUGGUGGCCGUCGCGCCGGGACGUGGUGGCAUGCGCCGGCGUCUGCCGGAGCUGGAGGGGGAUCACCAAGGAGAUCGUGCACGUCCCCGAGGCGUCCGGGAAGCUCACCUUCCCCAUCUCGCUCAAGCAGCCUGGCCCAAGGGACGGCACUCUUAAAUGUUUCAUAAGAAGAAACCGGGCUACUCAGACAUAUUAUCUGUAUCUUGGACUCACAGAAGCACUUGCUGAUGAUGGGAAGUUCCUACUUGCUGCACGCAAAUGCAGAAAGCCCACAUGCACAGACUACCUGAUUUCCCUUGACAUGAGUGAUAUGUCAAAGGGGAGCAAUACCUAUAUUGGCAAGCUAAGAUCAAACUUUCUGGGAACCAAGUUUACUGUCUAUGACGCUCAUCCACCAUAUGAUGGAGCUGUUGUUUCAAAGAGUCGGUCUGCACGUGUGAUUGGUCUGAACCAAGUCUCUCCCAGGGUUCCUGCUGGGAAUUAUCCAGUUUCACAUAUUUCGUACGAAUUGAAUGUUUUGGGUGCAAGAGGUCCAAGAAGGAUGAACUGCAUUAUGGAUUCCAUCCCUGCAUCAGCUGUUGAAGAGGGCGGGAAAGCUCCCACACAGACUGAAUUUCCUCUUAGUGGCCUCGACUCUUUCCCGUCGAUCUCAUUCUUCAGAUCAAAAUCAGCUCGGAUUGAUAGUGCAACUUCACAAAUAUCCGCUCAGAAGGAAGAAAAACUUGUGCUGAGGAAUAAAUCUCCAAGGUGGCAUGAACAGCUGCAGUGUUGGUGCCUCAACUUUCGUGGACGAGUCACUGUUGCCUCAGUGAAAAACUUUCAGCUAGUGGCGUCUGACGAAAAUGGGCCAACUAACCAGGAGCAAGACAAGGUGAUUCUCCAGUUUGGAAAGAUUGGAAAGGAUUUGUUCACCAUGGACUACCGUUAUCCAAUAUCAGCAUUUCAAUCAUUUGCCAUCUGUCUGAGCAGUUUUGACACCAAAAUAGCCUGUGAAUGAGACAAGGCGCUGGACGAAUCGUGGAAGCAUGAAAGCCAAGCUGGGCCGGCGCUGCGUGCACGAGUCACUCUUGACAUUAAAGCACAAGGCUUUCUUAGGAUUGGUUAAACAGAAAAAAAAAAUGCCCAUCUCCUGAAUUUGCUGCCCCAAAUGAUGCUGCAGUGUACAUAACCAGAUAUCUAUCUGACACCCGGCUUGUGAUCCUCCCUCUAGCUUGGUUUUUCUCCUUAGUUAUUUACACAUUCUUAGCCGGUGUCGGCUUUUCAUUCAAACCUAGAGAGUUUUUUUUUCCUUCUCCCUCCCAACUUGAUCAGUCCUUUAAAUUAAUGUAAUAUAUAAGAGGCUGCAGUGCUGUGAAGUGAGAACAAAGUGUCAAAAGGCAGUGUUGUGGGCUGUGAUUUGUUGUUAGUUUUGAGUGUUACUAGCUCUGAUAUGAUAGCAAUAAAACACAGAGGAACUUCACAUUCUGACUUGUAUUAAGGCCUAUUCGUUUCCAAUAGAGGAUUUUGGAUUUUGCUGGCACGCUUCUUUUGUUGAAAAAAAAAAAGU